AUGACGGAGUUGCUUCAAAAUCCAGUGUCAAUGUCUAAAGUUUGCAAUGAGCUUGCAGGAAUUAUUGACUCAGGAAGAAAUAUUGAAGAAUCACAAAUUGGCCAGUUGCCGUAUCUUCAAGCUGUGAUUAAAGAAAGUUUUCGACUCCAUCCUCCUGCUCCAUUUUUGUUACCACGUCAAGCUGAGACGGCAACAAAAGUAACAGGUUACACAAUACCUAAAGAUGCUCGUGUACUGAUAAAUAUAUGGGGAAUGGGUCGAGAUGCAAAUAUAUGGUCUGAACCAGAGAAGUUCGUGCCCGAAAGAUUUUUGGCAAAGACGGUCGAUUUCAAUGGUGGAGACUUUGGCCUCAUCCCGUUUGGUGCAGGACGUCGGAUUUGCCCUGGCAUGCCAUUGGCUAUUAGGAUGGUGCAUCUGGUGCUUGGAUCACUGUUAAAUCAUUUCAAAUGGAAGCUUCCAGCUGAUGUUGAAAGAAAUGGAGUUGACAUGGCAGAAAAAUUUGGGGUGACACUAAUCAAGGCUGUGCCGCUCUGCGCUAUAGCUACACAAAUUUGA